AUGUAUUUAGUAACACAAAUAAUUAUUUUGUUAUUAUCAAUAUACCUCAGCAAUGCUGGUUAUGGGGUAUCGGCACCAUCAAGCGAUCCAUAUGAACAAUCCGACGUGCAGGCUCCAGCAUACGUACCAUCGUAUUUGAAAAACCAACGGUACAGUGGUGGAACGAAAACAGGCUAUACUGGCACCAAAACCGGGUACUCUGGUACUAAAACCGGGUACAGUGGCACCAAAACAGGGUACAGUGGCACAAAAACCGGGUACAGUGGCACUAAAACCAAAACAGGUUAUAGUGGAACGAAAACCGGGUAUUCCGGCACGAAAAGCGGUUACGGAACCAAGUCCAGAUACUCUGAAAGCAAAACUUGGUAUUCUAAUAAUGGUGCUGUGCCUAACUACAACGAGUUCCAGAACAACGCUAACAUGCCAUUUAUGCCAAAAUGUGAGCCGGCUUGCAAGAACGCGGGUAUCUGCGUGGACACGAACACUUGCGACUGCCCUUCCAACUUCCACGGCAAGUACUGCGAGUUCGAGAAGAAGCCCUGCCUCUCCUACCCACCCCUACCCAUGAAUUCCGCCAGGAAGUGCUCGUCGGAACUAUGCACAAUCACUUGCGUAGAAGGCCAUAGAUUCAUCGAUGGGUCCACUGUUGCCAACAUGCGUUGUAUGGACGGGCAGUGGCAGCCGACGAGGGCUGACUUCACCACCAUUCCUGACUGUAUGCCCGAGUGUAACCCUCCCUGUCAGAACGGAGGAGUGUGCCUCGCUGUGAACAUGUGCGAAUGUCCUUCAGAGUUCAGAGGACCUCAGUGCCAGUAUUCGGUCAGUGCCUGCGACAUUCGUAAGCUGGCAUUCAACGGCGCGUACGACUGUUUCGGCGACAGUGAGUCGUCCAGCUGUAUACUGUCGUGUCCAGCCGGCAGCACGUUCAGUUCGCCCGCCGCCGAGCUAUACUCCUGCAAGUAUUCCACGGGGAUCUACGAGCCACAACCUAUACCACACUGCGUUUUCCCUGAAGUCGUAGUUAUAACGCCAGGCGGCCACAGAUACAACAGUACAUACACAUACUACUCGGAAACCUCAAGCGAGUCCCAUGGUCAUCAUGAAAUGAUAAGUCAGAGUCAAACCCACCAUUCCAUCGGAGGAAGCUCUCAUAGCUCCAUAGACGAACAGACCACACAUGGCAUGCAUGGCUCUCACUCGUCAUACGGCACCGGUCGGCCUAUUGUCGUGAUACAGGAUCGGACGCCUAAAGGCGGCACUUGCUUAACCUGGGCUGGUGUUCAUUAUAAGACUUUUGAUGGGAAGAUAUAUAGCUUCCAAUCCCCCUGCCAGCAUAUCUUGGUCCGCGAAGCGAAGGAGCACCUGUACUCAGUAGAGAUCAAGCACGGCGUCUGUAAGAACCCAGCUGUUUGUCCCAGCGAGCUGACAGUCUACCUCGACGAUAAAUCCUACGUUCUAAGUGUUGGAGACGACGGAUCCGUGGUAUUCCGUAACACGAAGCGACUGAUUCCAAUCCCGGCAUCGCUGCCCGGUAUCCGUGUUGCUAUGCCCAGUGACUACGUCGUUGUUAACUUGGACGCCGUCGGAGUUACUAUUAAAUGGGAUACCAAUAACGUGGUUCUAGUAGAAGGAUCUGUUGUUGUAUGGAACAAUACUGAAGGUCUUUGUGGCACGCUCAACGGUAACCCUGAAGAUGACUUCAUGACCAGGGACAAAACUAUCGCUAAAACAAAGUCUGUCCUCGCUUCAUCCUGGCAAGUCAAUAAGAUUGGAGAUGUCUGUGACAGCCAACCAACGGAAACGAGCGCUUGCGCAUCGAAAUCGGACGACGACAUGACGAAAGCGCAGCAUUUCUGCGCUACGAUAUUCUCGAAAGAUAAAUUUAGGAAGUGUUCGAAGGUUAUGGAUGUGACUCUUCUACUGGAAGCGUGUGCAUGGGAUUACUGCGCUUGUACCACCAGCCUAAGUCCCGAGGACUGCGCUUGCAGUACUGUCUCCGUGUACGCCAAGGAGUGUCUCCGUCACGGAGUCGAGGAGAUGAAGGACUGGCGAGAUGCUGAGACUUGUCCAAUGAAGUGUCCAGAAGGCAAGAUCUACAAGGCCUGCGGUCCAGACUCCCAGCCAAGCUGUGCGUUCCCCCUGGUGUCCGCGAAGGCCACCAACGCUUCCUGCGUGGAGGGAUGCUUCUGUCCUGAAGGUCUACUCCUUGAGGGGGGCAAGUGUGUGCCCAAGACUGAAUGCCCUUGCCGGUUGAGGAAUAAGAGCUUUAAACCUGGAUCUACUGUUAAGAAGGACUGUAAUACUUGUACGUGCGAGGGGGGCGCGUGGACGUGUACGCAGGUGGCGUGUGGGGCGCGGUGCGGCGCGGUGGGGGACCCGCACUACUCCACGUUCGAUGGCCUGCGGUAUGACUUCAUGGGCCGCUGCACAUACACCAUGCUGCAAACUGACAACGUCACUGUCGAGGUCGAGAACGUUGCCUGCUCGGGCGCCAUUACUGAGGCGAUGAACCUAAGCCCCUACAAAGGCGCAGGGAAGCCAUCUUGCACGAAGGCAGUGAACAUCAACUACGAUGGCGCUAGUGUGCACUUGAAGCAAGGAGGGUUUAUACUAGUCAAUGGAAAGGAGGUCUCCACCUUACCUGUCAUGGCGGGAGAUAUAAGGAUCAGAGCUGCUUCUUCUAUGUUUAUUAUUGUACAACUCCCCAACAAAGUGGACUUAUGGUGGGAUGGCAACACUCGCGUCUUCAUUGAUGUACCCGCUGAGUUCCAAGGAAAGACAAAGGGUCUUUGCGGAACCUUCAACUUGAAUCAAAAGGACGACUUUUUGACUCCCGAAAAUGACAUUGAGCAGUCAGCUCUAGCGUUUGCCAACAAAUGGAAGACCAGGGAGAUGUGCACUGAUAUUGACACUAAGGAACCGGAGCAUCCUUGUAAAGCUAAUAUCGAGAACAAGGCCACGGCUGAGAAGUACUGCAGCAAACUGAAGAGUAAAGUCUUUGAAGCCUGCCACUGGUACGUGGACGUGGAGCCGUUCUACUCGGCGUGCGUGUACGACAUGUGCGCGUGCGGCUCGGACGUGAGUCGGUGCCUGUGUCCGGUGCUGGGGGACUACGCCAUGCAGUGCGCCAAGGCCGGCGUGCUCAUACAGUGGCGGUACAGUGUGCAGGAGUGCGAGCUGCAGUGCCCGGGCGGGCAGCAGUACACGGUGUGCGCGGACAGUUGCCUGCGCAAGUGCAGCGACAGCGCGCUGGCGGCCGCCGGCACCUGCCGGGCCUGCUGCGUCGAGGGCUGCGCCUGCCCGCCCGGACAGCUCUUAGAUGACAACAACGUUUGCGUGCCAACCGGCCUGUGUCCCUGCUACCACAAGGGGUUGCAGUUCAACGCUGGAUACAAAGAAGUUAGAGCCGGCAGGAGAGAGAGGGAGCUAUGCACCUGUGUGGGAGCGCGCUGGGACUGUACGCCCGCGACGCCGGCCGACAUCCAGAACUACCCGCCCGCCGAGGACAUGCGCACCAACUGCAGCGCCACCAGCAACAUGGAGUUCACCACCUGCGAGAUUGCUGAGCCACUGACAUGCAAGAACAUGCAUCUCCCCCCAACAUCAACGACAGCUGAAUGCCGUCCAGGCUGCCAGUGCAAGAAGGGCUUCGUCCUGGACACGAUGUCCAAGAAGUGUGUGGCUCCGACCCAGUGCCCGUGUCACCAUGGCGGCAGGAGUUACCCUGACGGACAUACCAUGCAGGAGGAGUGUAAUAAAUGUGAGUGCAAGAGCGGCAACUGGACGUGUACGCAACGUAAAUGCGCCGGCAUUUGUUCAGCGUGGGGCGACUCCCACGUCGUCACCUUUGACGGCACUGAUUAUGACUUUGAGGGAGUCUGUACUUAUCUCCUGGCUAAGGGAGUCAUGGACAGCAAGGAUGGUUUCGAUGUGGAAAUCCAGAACGUUCCAUGCGGUACAACUGGCGCUACGUGCUCUAAAUCCGUGACCCUGAAGGUCGGCAGUGGUAACAAUGAGGAGAUCGUCUCCCUUACCAAGAACUCUCCACUCCCAGACAUAUCUAAACUGAAGAGGAUCAAAAUGCGUAUAGCUGGUGGCUACGUGUUCCUGGACGUGCCAACCCUGGGUAUGAGCCUGCAAUGGGACCGCGGUAUGAGGGUCUACGUCAAGGUCGAGUCUAUCUGGCAAGGAAGGGUGAAAGGUCUGUGCGGUAACUACAACGGAGACAUGCGCGAUGACUUCCAGACUCCGUCAGGCGGUGGCAUGGCAGAGUCAUCGGCUCUCAUCUUCGCUGACUCCUGGAAACUUAAGCCUACUUGUCCUAAACCACAACGUAUACUGGAUCACUGUAAGCAACGCCCAGAACGUAAAGAAUGGGCGUCGUCCAUGUGCAGCAAGAUGAAGCAGUUCCCGUUCAGCCUGUGCCACGCGGAGGUGCCCCCGUCGGCGUACAUCGAGCGCUGCACGCGCGACGCGUGCGCCUGCGACUCGGGCGCCGACUGCGACUGCGCCUGCACUGCGCUGGCGGCCUACGCGUACGCAUGCGCGGCUAGGGGCGUUACGUUUAAAUGGAGGACGCAGGAGACUUGUCCCAUGCAGUGUGACGAGGAGUGCUCUAACUACGACGCCUGCCUACCCGCUUGCCCAUUGGAGACUUGUGAUAACACCUUGUAUUACGCUGAUAUGAAGACGAGCUGCGAACAAGAGACUUGUAUUGAAGGCUGCAAACCCAAGAAGUCGUGUCCAGAAGGCCAGGUGUACAAGAACGGGUCGCACGCGGAGUGCGUCCCGCGCGGGCGGUGCCGGCCGGCCUGCAUGGUGCUGGCGGACGGCCGCGAGCUGGCCGAGGGGGACGUCGUCGAGGAGGACGCCUGCCAUACUUGUCGCUGCUCCAAGAAACAGAAGAUCUGCACUGGGCAGCCUUGCAGCACUACUGUUCAAACUCCACGAGAAGAAACAACCCCGAAGCCUCACGACGAGCCACUGAAGUGUGUGACGGGGUGGACCAACUGGAUCAACCGAGGGGAGCCGGAGAUAGGACCGCAUGGAGAGUCCAUCGACAACGAACCAUUGCCACGACCUAAUGAACUGACUAUCGGUACACCAAUGUGUAAAGAGAAGAUGAUGAAGAAGAUAGAAUGCCGUACUGUAAAGGACCACAAGACCCCUAAGGAGACUGGUCUAGAUGUAGAGUGCAGUCUGGAGCGAGGCCUGUACUGUAAGGAGGUCGGCGGGAAGAAGUGUGUAGACUUCGAGAUCAGAGUCUACUGCGAGUGCGAGGAACCAUCUCUCUGCGAGAACUCAGUCCGUCCGAACGAGCCCCACCCGACAGACUGUACGAAGUUCUACGAGUGCGCCCCGUCCGGGCCCGUGCUGAAAUCGUGUGGCCCCGGCACUCUGUACAACAAUGUCACCAUGGUCUGUGACUGGCCUGCCAGCGUCGCACUCGUCAGACCCGACUGUGGCGGUACUACUCCCGGUGCUGUUUCGACUACGACUACUAUUCUAUCAACUACAUCAAUAGUAUCAGCAGUACCUGGGGAGUCGACAGUGACGACCGUGUCCCCGUGCCCGGCCGGACAGGAGUAUUCCUCCUGCGCAUACCGCUGCGACAGACUCUGUGACUACUUCCGCAGGACUAUGGUGCAGAAGGGACGCUGUGUUGGAGAGCUUUGUGUGGAAGGUUGCGUCAGUAAGAAGUGUCCGCCGGACUCGUACUGGAGAGACGAGAAGACCUGCGUGCCACGCAAGGAUUGUACCUGCUUCGCUGACGAUAAGAUCAUUAAGCCUGGAGGCGUAGUAGCAGACGGCUGCAUCAAAUGCCAGUGUCUGAACAACGAGAUGCAUUGUGACUCGAGCGAGUGUGUCAUAGUCAGCACACAAGUACAAGGAUCCACUCACCAACCGAUCAUCGAACCCCACAUACUGCCAUCGCCUUCCACUACGACUUCUAGCACGACUACUACGACUACUACGACCACUACGACCACUACGACUACUACGACUACGCCGAAACCGACUACUGUUGAGAAAGUGACGUCACCGCCUCCAGAGUGUUCGAAAGAAAACUUAAUGGACCUGAUGUGGGGAGACCAGCCUCUCCCAGACUCCUCAUUCAGCGCCAGCUCCGUCGCCAGCGGAUUGUUCGAGCCACAGUAUGCUAAGCUCAACGGACACCCACUUGACGUCACUGCUGGAAGUUGGAACCCAGCAACUCAAGAUCAGAACCAGUACAUCCAAGUGGAACUGCCUCGUCGGGAGCCUAUCUUCGGUGUGAAGAUGCAGGGCAGCCCACUCUUCGACCAGUAUGUUACCAGCUACGAAGUGUUGUAUGGCGACAGUAAUGAUACAUUGGAAGUCAUCAAGGGGCCUGAUGGAAAACCGAAGGUAUUCAAAGGACCUUCAGACAACCGUACACCAGUGUCCCAAUGGCUGGAACCGCCAGUAGAAGCCAAAGUCGUUCGCAUACACCCUCUCACAUGGCAUGAAGAAAUCUCCAUCAGAUUCGAAUUAGUUGGCUGCAGCGAGGAAACAACCACCGCCUUCGCCUCCACGGGUACUACACCGGCUAUCCCGACUUCUCCGACUAUCCCAAGUACGAAGACUACGCCGCCGACUAUUCCGACUACGCCGACUACACCGACUACGCCAGUGCCUUCGACGAAGACAACUAUUGCAGCUCCUUUGAUUAUCCCGAGCACUGUGUCACCGCCGCCACUUUGUAAUCCGAAUAGCUACUUGGACCUGAUGUGGGGAGACCAGCCUCUCCCAGACUCCUCGUUCAGCGCCAGCUCCGUCGCCAGCGGACUGUUCGAGCCACAGUAUGCCAAACUCAACGGACACCCACUUGAUGUCACUGCCGGUAGUUGGAACCCGGCUACCCAAGAUCAGAACCAGUACAUCCAAGUGGAGUUCCCUCGUCGGGAGCCGGUGUACGGAGUGAAGAUGCAGGGCAGCCCACUCUUCGACCAGUACGUCACCAGCUACAAGGUCCUGUACAGCGAUGAUGGAGUUUCCUUCUCCACUGUUAACGGACCUGAUGGGAAGCCGAAGGUGUUCCGCGGUCCAGUAGACCACACCACGGUAUCCCAACAGAUGAUAGAGCCUCCAGUAGAAGCCAAGGUCUACCGCAUCCAACCUCUGACGUGGCACGAGGAGAUCUCCGUGCGGUUCGAGCUCAUCGGGUGCAAGGAACCAUCUUCCAUGGAGACAACUGUCACCACUGUCGUUCCACCACAGCCAGAAUGCCUGGAGCCUCUAGGUCUUGGCGCUGAUCUUCCACUGGAGAGCAUCGAAGUGAGCUCCAACAAUGACGCGCGACAGUACUUCAAACUGGACGGAGAGAGGGGAUGGAGACCUCUGUACAGCACGCCUGGAGAAUGGAUCAUGUUCAAUUUCACAUCACCACGAAACAUAACCGGCAUCAAAACGAAGGGUGGUCCAUUAGGAUGGGUGUCCACCUACAAGAUCAUGUACACCUCAGACCUGUCCAUCUUCAACCCUGUAGUGGGGGACAAAGGAGACAAGGUGUUCCCAGGGAACUUCGACAAAAACUCUGAACAUUUUGAAGCGUUCUACCCACCCAUACAUGCGCAGUAUUUGAAGGUAUUGCCUUUGACCUGGAAAGACAAUAUUGAGAUGAGGAUCGAACCAAUUGGAUGCUUUGAACCUUACCCUGUAACAGAGAAGCUUCCAGAAGUAACGACCUCCCGCUACCGGGAACCUUCCCUCCCUGAACCUAUCACCUGCGAGCUCUGUCCAGGAGUGCAGAAGUUGGAGGAAGGCAACAGCUGUGACUGCAAGGCACCUGCCAAGUACUAUGAUGGAGACAACUGUGUGACCAGAGACCAGUGUCCUUGUAUCGAGUCGUUUAUGACUUACCCUGUGGGGUCUACGUUCCGCGGCGCCAACUGUGACGAGUGUGUGUGCAAGCUGGGCGGCGUCACUCAUUGCCAGCCUGUCAAGCAGUGCAGGUGUGCACCGGAUCUAGUACCAAAACUGUCACCAUCCACGUGCGAGUGCACUUGCGAGCCGUGUCCAUCAGGCACCAAGAUCUGUCCGACGAGCAAGCUCUGUCUCCCACUAGACAAGUGGUGCGACGGUCUCCAGGACUGUCCUGAUGAUGAGAAGGAUUGUACCACUACCACGCCCAGUACUCCGAUGACCACGGUGGUGGAGAAAGAGGUGGUCACCACCCAGUCUCCUGCCACUGUCGCUGCUGUCGUCACUACUGCUAAACCUCUAGAAUGUCCGAAGGUGGAAUGUCCUCCAGGCUACACCGUGGUGUACACGUCGACAGAACCAAGUUCCCCUCGCUCCACGUACGGCUCAGCCACUGAACUCCCUCCGCCAAGGCCCAGGUACUCCUACCAGAGGUACCAGAGAGGUUACUCUAAAGGAGGGUAUUCCAAGGGAGGAUAUUCUAAAGGCGGAUAUUCCAAGGGAGGAUAUUCUAAAGGCGGAUACUCCAAAGGCGGUCUGCCGGCACCACGUCCGAACCAAGCGUUCUCCCUGGACAAGCCAGACGUAAGCUCCUCGACCAAGACCCCGGCGCCCAAGAAAGAAUGUGCGCAGUUCAAGUGUAUCCCCAAGCUCCCCCCCUACCGCCCUGGCGGAGGAGUCACCCCUCCCCCCGUCUGUUCCGUCGUCACCUGUCCUCCGGGAUACUCCCUGCGACUGGACAAAUCUGCUUCCGGAUCCAACAAGUGUCCUCAAUAUGAGUGCGUGCCUCCUCCGGAGCGUCCCGUGUACUGCAAUGUGACCGGUCGUACCUUCAACACAUUCGACGGCGUCGAGUACAAGUACGACGCAUGCUUCCACAUCCUCGCUCGUGAGAACAGAUUCGAUGCCUGGACUAUACUCAUCCGCAAGAAAUGUCGUCUGGAUGGAUGUCAAAACGAGCUCCUAAUCCUGCAAGAUGACCAGCUAAUCCUGGUGAAACCCAACAUGAUGAUAGAGUAUGACAACUACGAGUAUACCGUGGAGCAGACAAGCAAGAUCUGCUUCCAGAAGAACAGCUUUAACGUCGACCGACUCGGCAACGGCAUCGCAAUCAAGUCCAGGAAGUACAACUUCACUGUGCUGUAUACCUCCGAAGGAGAUAUUAAGAUAGGGGUGUUUAAAAGCUACAUGGGCGCAGUGGACGGACUCUGCGGAGCGUUUGACGGCUCACCCAAAAACGACAGACGUCUGCCUGACGGUAGACUGGCCACCAGCAUCGAUGAGUUUGGACGAGCCUGGGCCAAGCCUGGUCUACCACCCAAUGCUUGCCAGACCAAGAUCAUAUCUGACGAGAAGCAGAAGAAGGCUUGGGCACUUUGUGAUGUGAUUACCAAAGAACCUCUGUCGCAAUGCGGUCACGUACUCAACCUGCACAAAUGGCGCAACAUCUGCCUGGAGAAGAUCUGUUCCUGUACGGAGCUAGUGGUGAACGGCACACAUAGAACUGAGGAGGAGUGUCGCUGUCUACUGCUCGACCAGCUCGUUGCUGAGUGCCUCGCUGCUGACAAGAAUGUGGAUUUGGCCAACUGGAGGAUGAUCAUGGAUUGUCCGGCGGAGUGUCCCCCGCCACUGGUGCACUACGACUGCUACCGCAAGCAGUGCGAGCCGACGUGCUCGGGCUUCGGUCUGGCGCGCUCGUGUCCGGCCGUGGAGGGCCAGUGCUUCCCCGGCUGCUACUGUCCGGAGGGCAAGCUCAGGGUCGGGGACCAGUGCAUCCUGCCUACUGACUGUCUUGACUGUGCCUGCAGUGGAGUAGGAACCCCAGCAAAAUACGUGACCUUUGAAGGAGACGACCUUCCAUUCCUGGGCAACUGCACGUACCUUGCAUCCAGGGACAGGAACGAGACUGGAGACCACAAAUAUGAGGUCUACUCCACCAAUGGACCUUGUGAGGACAAUGGUGAUGUAGUCUGUACCAAGGUCGUCCAUCUUGUGUAUGAGAAGAAGGUCAUACAUGUCAGCAAGAAUGAUGAUACUAAGAAGUUACUAACAACGAUCGGCGACGAGGCAAUUUUCAAGUACCCAGUAAAGAAGGACUGGGUGGUCAUCAGCCAGGACAACGGACAGGAUGUCACCAUACUGCUGCCUGACAUACACGUCGAGCUAACAGUCCUGCAGUCUAAGAUGGAGUUCAGAGUACGCGUGCCCUCAUACCUAUACGCCAAUAAGACGGAGGGACUCUGCGGCGUCUGCGCAGGGUACCAGGAUGUACUCGUCACCAGUAAUGGCACGGAGACUGAGGACUUCGAUGAGUACGGCAAGAGUUGGCAAGCAUCACCGUCCACACUGAAGACCCUGGACAUAUCGGAUCAAGGCCAGUGCGACCAGCCUCCUCCCCCUCCGGAGUGUAAACUCCCCCCUCCCGACUCCAACCCCUGCUACAACCUGUACAACGCUGACCGGUUUGGAGCUUGCCACGCGCUAGUGGAGCCCCAGCCGUUCGUGGAGGCAUGCGAGGCAGACCUGUGCGCCAACGCGAGCGACGCGUGCGCGGCCGCCGAGCGGUACGUCGCCGAGUGCGGCCGCCAGGGGGUCUGUCUGCCGCACUGGAGGACCGACCUAUGUGGAUACCCUUGUGAGGAGCCACUAGUGUACCGCGCGUGUGUCAAAUGUGAGAUGACAUGUGAGAACAGCGACGAGUUGACCAAGAACCCUGACAAGUGCGACAAACCUGCCGUCGAGGGAUGCUUCUGUCCUGAAGGAAAGGUGCGAGUGAACAACACGUGCAUCGAACCCACGAAGUGCUUCCCCUGCGACGCCAAGAAGGAACACUACGCUGGCGAUGAAUGGCAGGAGGACGCGUGCACGAAGUGUUCGUGCAGUAAGCUACCUGGCGAGAACGCGGCGCACGUGGCGUGCACCACGCACACGUGCUCGGCGCCGCUGUGUGCCGACACGGAAGACCUCAUCACUACGCCUGCUAAACCUGGAGUCUGCUGCGACGAUUACCUUUGUGUUCCAAAACCAAAGAAGAACUGCACAGAAGCUAAGAAGAUGGACUGCGGGUACGGACAGGUGCUGAAACAGAAGACUACCGCUGAUGGAUGCACUGAAUUCGCUUGUGAAUGCAUGCCAGCCAGCCAGUGUCCGUCAGUAAACGACACGGACGUGGAAGUGUUCGAGCCGGGCAUGGCCCGCGUCGUGGACAACAGUGGCUGCUGCCCGCGCGUGGAGUACGUCUGCAAGGCGGACACCUGCCCCCGCUCCCCCGCCUGCCCACAGUUCCACGACCUCAAGGUCUAUAAUACUUCUGGAAAAUGCUGCCCGGAGUACAAGUGCGAGCUGCCUAAGGAUAAGUGUAUUGUAAGACUAGAAUGGGAGGCCGCGUCUAAGGGAGGAGAGAAACCGCGCACCACUCCGCAGACUAUCUUCAAAGAUGUGGACGCAGUAUGGUUAGACGGACCAUGUCGGUCCUGUAAAUGCGAGUCGUCAGCCCUGGGCACGUCUGCCCGGUGCCGCGUGACGGAGUGUGGCGUGAUAGUGAGCACGGACCAGUUCGUUCUGGAGCCGCGCCCCGUGCCUUUCCAGUGCUGUCCCGAGCCCGUGCAUGUCGCCUGCAGGGAUGGAGAUAAUAUCUACAAGGUUGGAGAGAACUGGACGUCACCCACGAACCCCUGCGAGAGUUACAAGUGCGAGCAGACGGAGACGGGAGGCAAGCUGGAGAAGGUCACCACCGUGCAGAAGUGUCACACUGAAUGUCAACCUGGUUGGAAGUACUUCCCAGCGACUCCAGAGAGCAAGGAAUGUUGCGGCAAGUGUGAACCGGUGGCGUGUGUAGUGGACGGCCGGGAGCGACCCAUCGGGGAACAUUGGACCUCCGCCGACUUCUGCGCCAACUACACCUGCAUCAAUGUCAAUGGGACGCUCCAAGUGCAAUGUUCAAACGAGACAUGUCCCGAAGUGUCGGAGGCGACGAGGAAGCAGUUCGUGCUGAGCAAUGAGAAGGUGGACGGCAAGUGCUGUCCUAUUGAGGAACCUACUGCGUGUCGCGUCGGGAACCUUAUCUACCAGGAGGGUCAAACCUGGCCAUCACCGACAGACCCGUGCAAGAACAUAACUUGUGCCCGGGACUACAAUGGCCAGCUGUCCCACAAGGAGAGCGUGGCCACCUGCAGCCGGGACUGCACCAAGGGCUGGACGUACGCCGCGCCGCCUGCAGGCGUCUGCUGCGGACACUGCGUGCAGACUGCCUGCGUCGUUGAUGAUAAGGUGGUUGCUCCAGGCACUACCUGGCAGUCAGCGGACAACUGUACGACAUACUCGUGUGACAAGUCGGGCGAGGAGGUGUUCGUGACGUCAUCGACUCAGUUCUGCCCCGACGUGUCGCACUGCGCGCCCGAGAACAUCGUCAACGAUACUUGUUGCCAGAUCUGUGAGGAACAUCCUGAGGCACUCAGUAAAUGCGUCCCGACCAGCAUAUCUCCGGCCGACUCAGUAGGUCUGCUCCGCAUCCACCUGGGCCCGCAUGGGCUGUGUGUCAACAAGUCCCCGCUGCGAGGGUUCAAGGAGUGCCGCGGGACUUGCGACUCCGGCACUCUUUACAAUAACCAAACGGGUGUCCACGAUUCCCGUUGCGAGUGUUGCCAGGCCACUAAGUACGGCUCCCUCGACGUGACGCUGAGCUGUGAGGAUGGCUCCGUACAACAACACCGCGUGGCCACGCCCAGCACCUGCGCCUGCGCAGCCUGCGGCGGACCUGAACGACCGCUAUGGCCCACUAAGUCAGGUUACGCUGGAGUUAAAUCGCCGCCGCGCCGCCCGCCAAUCGAAGAAGACAUUAUACCAGAAAUAUACCAAAGAUUCGGAACAACACGCCCCCAACGAUAA